AUGGAUUCCAAUCCAUCUACCCACAGCUCUAAAUUUGUUGAACUACUAAAUAGUCAACAAAGUAUCUCCUUCGGUAACUAUGAAGAUAGUCACGAAUUCUCUUCAUCACAACCUUUCUCUUCAUCACAACCUUUCUCUCUUCACACUCAAGGAACCGAAGAUGGUGGCGAGACAGCUUCAGAUCGUAGAGAGCGAAGGAAGUGGACGCCGCCUGAUGAUAUCUUGCUGAUCAGCUCGUGGUUAAACACGAGCAAAGAUCUUGUGGUUGGGAACGAACAAAAAUGUGGAACAUUUUGGAAAAGAGUUGCCGCAUACUUUGCGGCAAGUCCUCAGGUUGCUGGCUGCGAAGAGAGACAGUCUGCCCAUUGCAAGCAGCGUUGGCACAGGAUCAAUGACGUUGUCUCCAAGUUAUGUGGUGCGUAUGCAGCUGCUACCAGAGAGAAAGCUAGCGGCCAGAACGAGAAUGAUGUUGUGAAACAUGCUCAUUCAAUAUUCUACAACAACUACAAGAAGAAAUUUACUAUGGAACACGCUUGGAAUGAACUACGCAACGACCAGAAGUGGUCCGCCCUUAUGACUGCUAAAAAGGAUGUAAGCUCGAAGAAGAGGAAGUGUGAGGAUGGAGCUGAUUCAGAGACCUCUCAAGCUACAGAGAACAAGCGUCCCGCGGGUGUGAAGGCCUCAAAGGCAAGUGGUAAGAAGAAGGUGGUAGACGAGAAAAUUGUGGAUGAGUUUGAGACAAUGUGGACGAUCAAACAGCGGGAUUUGGCCGCUAAAGAGAAGCUGUCUAAGAUGAAAAUGCUUCAAAGUUGCUUGUUCUUGUCUGUUCUUGUUGUGAUGCAGCUUCUUGUAGUGUUCUUAGUGGAGUGCUCGCGUGAUGAAGAGUGGAGUUCAGGUCUUGUCGUCGAGUCUCUUGUACUCUUCUGUCACGAGAGUGGAUAG